GUGGGGGUGGUGGCGACAGCCCAGAGGACGAUGCGGAGGAUGGUGUUGUCCACAUGUCACCCCUGCCCUCCCCAACUCAGUCCCACCACACGCAAACAACCACCACGUCCACCUGCUGCACCCCAAACAUAUACCCCCACCACCACCAACACCACCACCACUCCACCUCCACAACAACAGCAACAACAACAGCAGCAGCAACGAUGACAAUGACUUCACCACGCCCAAGGGAGGCUCACCCUAUGAGGCGUCCCGUCUACAUUCCUGAUGACAUUCCCAUUCCCAGUGAGCUGGAGCUGCGGGAGUCCUCUGUGCCCGGCGCCGGCCUGGGCGUGUGGGCCAAGACCCACAUCAGCGCGGGCGAGCGGUUUGGCCCCCACAGCACACUGCACCAUGGAGCCGUGGGCAAAGACAGCUCCUUUGGAUGGGAGGUGGUGGACGAUCACGGCAACGUCAAGUUCACUCUGGACUCGGUCUCGGAUGCCACGAGCAGCAGCUGGCUCAAGUACGUCCGCUGUGCCCCUUCCUUCGAGGAGCAAAACCUCGCCGCCUGUCACCUCACUGGAGACCAGAUUUAUUAUAAAGCUGUCCGGGACAUUGAUGCAGGGGAGGAGCUUUUAGUGUAUAUGAAGGAGGGCAUUUUCCCCGAGGGAUCCAUGGCACCCAACCUAGAAGAGGAGCAGAUGUACCGCUGCGAAGACUGUGAUGAGCUGUUCCCCUCAGCGCUGGACCUGCGGCGACACCAGAAGUACUCCUGCUCCAGUGCCGGCUCCAUCUUCGAUGCACUGGGUGAUGAUUUCAAACAGGAACGCGAGGACAGCGACGAGCCUGUCCACGAGUGUAAAGACUGUGAGAAGAUUUUCCCCAAUGAAUACAGUCUGGGCCAACACAUGAUAGUCCACACAGAGGAGAGGGAGUACAAGUGUGACCAGUGCCCCAAGGCUUUCAACUGGAAGUCCAACCUCAUCCGCCACCAGAUGUCACACGAUAGCGGCAAACGCUUUGAGUGUGAAAAUUGUGAUAAGGUGUUCACAGAUCCUAGCAACCUGCAGCGUCACAUCCGCUCUCAGCAUGUAGGGGCUCGGGCUCAUACAUGUCCCGAGUGUGGCAAGACAUUUGCCACCUCCUCGGGCCUCAAGCAACAUAAGCACAUCCACAGCAGUGUCAAGCCCUUUAUCUGCGAGGUGUGUCACAAGUCCUACACCCAGUUCUCCAAUCUCUGCCGCCACAAGCGGAUGCAUGCUGACUGCCGUACUCAAAUCAAGUGCAAGGACUGUGGGCAAAUGUUCAGCACUACCUCCUCCCUCAACAAGCACCGACGCUUCUGUGAGGGCAAGAACCAUUAUGGCUCUCCAGCAGGGAUGUUCACCCCUGGAAUCCCCAUGAGCUCCAGCCCCAUCAUGGCCAAGACCAAGUCCCACCACCCCCAUCAUCCUGGUCUGAACCACUCAGGCUUAGGGUUCACCGACUACUUUCCUUCCCGCCCCCAUCCUCACGCUGGCUUACCCUUCCCACCAGGGUCCCAUGGCUUCCCAACCCUCUCGCAUGGUUUCCCAGGAAUCUUUCCCCCAUCCUUGUACCCACGGCCACCCUUACUGCCUCCCAGUUCUCUGCUGAAGAGUCCCCUGAGUAGCAGUGCCCCAGACGGGAAGUUGACACGAAGCCCUCUAGAUGCUCCUCCUCUGUCUUUGGUCAGCUCCCUGAGCAACAAUGGAGGGAACAGUCUGAGUCAAGUGGAGGACAAAGAGAGGGAGAACAAACUGGAUCUGUCCUCCAGUGGGGUAGCUAAGCCAAAAUCCAAGAUGGCAGACAUAUCUGAUGGCAGUGACCUUGAAGAUGUUAAUACGACAAGUGGGACGGAUCUGGACACCACCACUGGCACCGCUUCAGGGGAUGGUUCUGACCUGGACAGUGAUGGAGAGAGUGAACGUGAGCGAAGUGGCAAAAGGAGGAAACCCUCUGGGGCAGCAUCAGGUCAAGAGGGAAACCAGCCAGAAGACGUGAGCAGUCCAUUGGCGUCAGCCGUGUCCAGUUCGGGAAGCCUCACCAUCGAUCGUCCCUUUCUAUCUUCAGUGUCAUCCCAGCACUCAUUCUUCCCUCCACCUGAUGAACAAGCACUCCCACCCACCACCAAUGCCAAUAUAGCCACCACCGACUCCAUCAAAGCCAUUGCCUCCAUUGCCGAGAAGUACUUUGGGCCAGGUUUGAUGGGUCUUCAUCAGGAGAAAAAGAUGGGUCCAUUGUCCUACCAUUCCAUGUUUCCCUUUCAGUUCUUGCCCAAUUUACCCCACUCUCUCUACCACUUGAGCACAGACAGAGGCGCCCUCAACUCUGGCAUGUUUUUUAAGGCUGAGCCCAAGUCACCUCACGAGCAACCGCACAAAAUGGUGCGUGGUGCCCCAGGGGCUCUUGUUCCCAACACUGAGUCACCAUUUGAUCUCACUAUCAAGCCCAAGGAGGUCAAGCUAGCUCCUCCCACUCCUACCAAGCCCUCAAACCCUAACAGCAGUAGUGGGAGCAGUAGUGGACCCUUAGUGAUAUCAAGUGGUGAAGAACAACCCCUUGACCUCAGCAUUAGCAGUCGGAGCCGGAGUGGUCAUAACGGAGUGGCCCCUGAGCCCCAGUACCGCAAGAACCACAUCUAUGGAGUUAACAAAGGGGUUUCCACCAAGGAGGAGCCAUCAGCUGGACAUCUGCACCCACAUUCCCAGUCCUUACACCAGUCCCCUAUGACCCAGCACCAGCAACCCCUGGCUCAGCCACCCCAGCAGCCGCCCCUGCACUAUGCUAAACCAUCACCAUUCUUCAUGGACCCCAUAUACAGCAGGGUGGAGAAGAGGAAGCUACUCGACCCCGUAGGAGCUCUGAAGGAGAAAUUUCUUAGGCCCUCGCCGCUGCUCUUUCACCCACAGAUGUCAGCCAUGGAGAACAUGACGGAGAAGCUGGAGAGCUUUGGCACUCUGAAACUGGACACUCCGCCCAAUUCGCUGCAACACUCAGCCCACCCGCUGUUCAACUUCCGCUCACCGCCCCCCUCUCUAUCCGACGCCAUCCUCCGCAAGGGCAAGGAGCGUUACACCUGCAGGUACUGUGGGAAAAUCUUCCCUCGUUCGGCUAACCUCACCCGACACUUGCGGACACACACGGGGGAACAACCCUACAGGUGUAAAUACUGUGACCGCUCGUUCAGCAUCUCAUCCAACCUCCAGCGCCACGUCCGUAACAUCCACAACAAGGAGAAGCCCUUCAAGUGUCACCUCUGCAACCGCUGCUUUGGUCAGCAGACCAACCUGGACCGCCAUCUCAAAAAACAUGAGCACGACAACAUUCCUGUGAGCCAACAGUCUGGGAUCCUCUCCAACCUUGGAACCACCAUCUCCUCGCCAAACUCAGAGCCCGACAAUCAUGCACUUUUAGAUGAGAAGGAGGACUCAUACUUCUCAGAAAUCCGCAACUUCAUUUCCAGUGAGAUGAACCAGGCCUCCAGCUCCACGGAUAAGAGAUCAGAGCAAGCUGAGGAGGAGCGCCCGCCCUCACACGGCCUGUCCAACUCCAAGCUGGGCCUCCAGGGGCUGGAGGAGGAGGAAGAAGAGGUGGAGGGGGAUGAUGAGGAGGAGGAGGAAGGCAGCCUGACGGAGAAGUCUCAAGACGAAGCACCCGAGUCACCCUCUCCGGUCACAAUGACGACGGGAGUUUAUGAGGAGGAUGAGGAGGAAGAAGAGGCAGAGGCAGCUCCAUUAGCUAUGAGCUAUGAAAACACUCGCAGGCUUAUGCAAUGAUGCUGUCUCUCUCAGAGAACAACCCUUUGCACGCACCCUCCCAGAACUCUCUGGACGCUUGGCUGAGCAUGGGAGGUGGAUCGUCUGAGACGAGCAGUUUUCACCCACUCAACCACAUCUAGGAGAGCGAGAGAGAGAGGCAAAGAGAGGGAGGGGUAGGAGAAGAAGCAAUAGUUUCAGAAUGGAUAGAAACAGGAGACUGAGAGGAAGAGGUUUUAUGAGGCGACAAGUGAAGACCAGAGGAGCAUCCAAUGUCACAUACAUUCAAGAAAGAAGGAUUGUGUGUGUGUGUGUGUGUGUGUGUGUGUGUUUGAGUGAGAGAGAGAAUUGUCCCUUAAUGAAGGGUCUCGCAAAACUCUGGCAAAGAGAAAGCACUGCUCAGCCCCUGUUGAUGUGAAGGACAUGGUGAAUUCUUGUCAACGGCAUUGAAACUCUGCAUUACUCUAGUCCCUCCCCAGUCCAUUUGGCUCACUCAAACCCCUCUGAGACCCGACAGUAUGUAAGGCUCUCACAGAGACAACCGACGACUUGUGUGACACUCGAGUCUGUCUACCAACAGCCCUGCAGCAAUUAGCGCUGCAUGUCCACUGGAUGGUGCUGGUUCAGCAGGAGCAACAGUAGGAACUUAGUGGGCGCGUGCACCGACAGUAUCUGGGCUGACUCAUUGACUCCCAUUCCUGUUUCAAGGAGAAGUACAGAAUCAACUAUAGCAUCAUGUUAAAUGUUACUGGAGGAAAUCAUUCUGUGUUUGAUUUGGAAAAUUCGUUCCAGUAGACGCUUUUGAGCUGAUUUGUUUUUUGUUAUUUUGGAAUGAUUACACGGAAGAUGAGGUCAAUGUUCAAAUGUGCAUCGCAACUGUUUGAUUAGUUAUCCAGGGCACUGGCCAUUUUGAUUGGUUACCCAGUUUGAUCAUGCUGACAAUGAUAUUAAAUCAUACUCAGAAAUGAGGAAAGUGUUUCUCUCCUUAGUUGUUCAGUUCAUGUCAUUUUGUUAAUUUUAUUUACUUUUAUUCUUCUUAGACACAACAGUAUUGUUUCUUUGUAGGCACCACAGUGCUAAAAUGUUAAUAUAAUUAUUUUAGAGAAGGACCAAAAUUGUAUGAUAUUGACAUAUGAUGUACAAAAUAACUUAGUUGUUCAUAGCGAGAGUGGUAUGUGCCAAAUAACCCAUAGAACAUGUUUUUGUUUUUUCCUCUGACAAUCAUUUCUUUUCCAAGGGGCUCACAUUUACUGUCAUAGCUGUUUUGUCGUUUUUGUUACGCUCUUAUACAUUUGAUUUUGAGAGUGUGUGUAUUCUAUUUAUUUUUGGUUGCUUUGUCUCGAUUGGAAGAUUGGAAAAAGAAAAAAAAAUCCCUCUUUUCGUGUUGCUGAAGGAAGGAACGCCCGUUGGGACAUGAGGGAGAUUCUGAAUCUCCAGUUUUGAUGCGUCUGUGUGCCAAAAUGUAAUGAAACCAUGAAACCAUCUGCUUUUAUUUAUAGUGAAGAAAAGUUGUAGUUAGUUUUUAGAACCUCUUUUUCGUUGUAGCGCCUUGCAAAAUUUGGUUUGUCUUGUUUUUGUUUUUUUUUUAACUUCAACCAUGUCAACCUGUAGGCUGAAUGUGUCCGUUAACGUGGUUUAAGCGUUACCCUCAGUGUCAGGACAGGGCAUUAUCCUGUCACCGUUACACUAUUGAUCAGUACAAGACCAGCUUCUAUGGUGGGAAUUCCCCCUCACAUUCAUUCAGUCCUAUAAUGUUUGUCGAAUGAUCAGUUAAAACACCAAUGUCCUAGAUCACAUGGUCAAAACGAGUCAAAGUCUGAUGUAGACUGUCACACCUGCACAAACACCUGCUCAUCGCUACAUGAGAACAACAGAAUAAUUCACCGUCGUCCAGACUCGGAGGCUAGGACUCAUGAGACCAUAAAGAGUAAAAACAGAAACACAAAAGAAAACGAAACUACAUACAGUAGCAACAUGAACUCAACACUUCCACUAGUAUUAACACCGAGUCCUCCAGAACAGCUCUGGGUGAACAUCCAACACGUGUUAACGAUUUCUGCUCCGAGGUCAAACGUCUCUGUAUUAGCGGCCAAACAAGAUUGUAAUUUAAUUUCAUAUUUCCUGCUCUUCCGGUGAAAAUCGUACAGAGAAUUCAUUCCAUGUGGUCUACGACGAAGAUGUGUGAUGUGGAGAACGAGGCAUUCAUUGUAGAUAAUUGUAGAUAGAUGUAGUGGGGGGGGGGGCAUUGUUGAUCAUUGUCAUUUUGGUCACCCCGGCUGACUGGGACCUUUCAAUACUAGGCCUGAUGCUGUACUUUCAAACUAGCACUUAAAACCAUAUGGGUCCAAGCCAUAAUCCGAUCAGGCUUUCUUUUCUUUUUUUCAAAACUAGCUCCGCUUUCAACAGCUGAGUGACCCAGGCCCAACAUGGAGAGGAUAAAGAAAUCUUAAACAGAAGCACUGUACUUUUACCUCUUACGACAGCAGGUGGUAGUGCGAUGCUAGGACUGCUGCAUCAUCUCACUUUCUCUAAAGACGGAAGUCUUUUUUUUUUGUUCUACUGAAUGAGAUUUCAUUCAUGAUUAUAAAUCCGUUUUCCGACACCUGCCUAUAAAAUGCAAAGAUUUGGGUUACUUAAGUUUUUAGUCAGACUAUUUGUAGUAAUUCAUGUCAUGUACUACUGUAAUAAGUACGCGCUGUGCGACGCAACAGAUUCUCAUUGAAUUCUUCCAUUUCGCCAACUUUGGAAAAUAGUUUGGCGAGUGGUCACUGAAACAUGGACCGGCUGAAUAGAACACCGUUGCUGUUUUUGGCCCACUGUUACAGGAUAACAUAAAAAAAACAUACACAUAUUGUUUCUUUUUAACUGUAUAGUAUUUUAAAGAAUAAAAAAAAACAAUGGUGCAUUUGUCUGAAGUUAAAAAAAAGAAAAAAAAUUCCUUGAAAAAAUAUGGGUUUAAAUGGAUGGUGCUUGUUUCGUUUGAAUCUGAGUUGUAUAUCGCCUGUUAUGUUUAUUGCAAACAAAACAAAAAAAGAUAUCGUGCAUGAUGUGUUUAGCAGUCAUAAUGAUGUCCAUUUGUGAAAUGUGUAUCAAAUUGAAGAGAAAAAAAAGAAAAGGAAAAAAAAAGAAAUAAUCCGUAGAUGCACUUAUUGUACAUGUGUUAGGUUAGUAGGUUUCAACUUGACUGCCUUACAGACGUACUGGGCAGGUGGUUCUGACAGACAUAGAAGAGACUUGUGGGAGAAGACAAUGGAAAAAAAUUAAAGGAUUGUAGAAUAAUAUUGAACAGUUCGGAAAUUGCAGUUCUUUUGAUGCUUGUGAUUAUUAAAGAUGUACUUUAGCGAAAUUUCAUUGAAAAGAUAUGACUGAUGUUAAUUCUGUAGAAUAGACAUGUAUACCAAAUGUAAUCUUUCCAAUGCUAUGAAGAAUUUAUACAUGAAAUUGAUAUGCAAUAAAACC